AUGAUGUGUGACAAUUUGAGAGAUAAGGAAAACCGAUUGAAUAUUGGAAUCUUUGGCUACCAAGAGACGGGGAAGACGUCCCUAAUUCAUGUCUGGUGUAACGAGCCGGUUAAUAAUGAAUAUAUUCGGACAACAGAAAUGGAAUAUAGUGAGUUAAAUGUGACUGUUUUAGAUACUACAAUCCCAUUAACUUUUGGAGAUUGUGGCUUUGAAGUCGUCGAAAAGUUUAUGGACUCCGGGUCGACAGCUUUACCCUUUCUUAAAGUCAUGAAUAUCCUUAUCUUUGUCUUUGCAACGAAUUCAAUAGACUCAUAUAACUUCUUGGAAGGAUCCCCUUCUUCAGUCUUUUUUAAUCCCGGCGCUAACGUCGAGCAGUACGUCAUAUUAAACAUGAAUGACUUGGAAGAGAAAGAUGAGACGAAAAAUCUCGUGAAAGAACACGCAGAACAAAAUAAUAUGCCUUUCUUUGUCACGUCGACAAAAAACCCCGACGGGUGUAAAACGGUGUUGAAUAAGAUCGUCAAUUCAUAUUUCGAAAAUAAUCCAAACGCUCUUGAAAAAUUUAAAAACAAUCCCCUCAACAAAAACACUAAAAAGAUAAAAUCUCAAAAAAGAAAGUCAAGCAAAACUCCUCAGAGUAGCCAUGAGGUCAACAAUCACAAUGACAAAAAAUGUUGCACAAUUGUUUAA